GGAUGCUCAAGUGUUAGCCGGUUCUUUGCCCUUUAUAAAAUUUGUAUUUGAGUUUCAUAUCAGUUAACCAUACGAAAUACAGCAGCAUGGCAAGCAAUCCUUCCCAGUUGUUACCACUAGAGUUAGUUGACAAGUGCAUUGGCUCACGUAUUCAUAUCAUCAUGAAGAAUGAUAAAGAGAUAGUUGGCACGCUACUUGGAUUUGAUGACUUUGUCAACAUGGUUAUAGAGGAUGUGACAGAAUUUGAAAUGACAGCUGAAGGACGGCAGAUAACCAAGUUGGAUCAAAUAUUGCUCAAUGGUAACAACAUUACAAUGUUGGUGCCAGGUGGUGAAGGACCUAUUGACUAAUGGUCACCAUUGCGGAAAGAGAAACAGUGCCGAUGCAACAUGUAUAUAUACGACACAAUCUAUCCCGCGCAGGCAUGGUACACUGCAGCUGCUCUGUACAAAACACGCUGCUACUAUGCUCAGCACCUGAUCAGAGGACAAUUUCUCACGGAAAGCUGAAAUGUCAAUGCGGGGCACCAUGUGCUGUGGGAUGGCUAACAAGGAGUCCACCGUCACUAGUAUAAAGGAGAACCGAGGCUGAUGAAACAAAUGACAGUUGUUCCCUCAAUUAUGUAUGAAUAUUAUUGUAUCGGAUUGGAUUAAAAUCACUGUGGCCCAUCAUAUUGGUAUAGACGUAUGCCCCGUAUUAGAAUUGGGGAUGAGACAUGCGAUAGAUGUACAAAUAAAAUUGUUAAUUUAUAAAGUUGUGCAGGUGUGUUAAACAUGUGCACAUGGCAUUGCAUGCACAGUGUGGAAGAGCCCUGCUCCACUAAGUAUAUGCUUUCAUUUUCAUACGUCAUAAACGUACUACUGUCAACCAUCCUUUAUGGCUAUUAUUUGUGGUGAAGAUGUGUACGUAUGUAUAAAUAUGAUACAAUAAAUGUUGAAAUUCUAUGAUACAA